AUGCGUCCGAUUCUACUUUCUCUAUUGGCGUCUUCAACAGCUAUCGUCUCCGCCUAUCAAUCUCUCAUGUUAGAUGGAUGUAUACAAGGAAAUUUCCAUGAUCUUGUGAUCAGAAACUCCUGUGGAGAUGAUUUAUCAAUUGUCAAAUGUCUUGCAGAAGAUGUUGAUUUAGGACACCUGGAUCAAAUUGAACAAUGUUUCAUAGCUGGUGGAUGCGAUGCGAUCGAUUCUACUGUGUCAGCAGUAUGGUUCUCAUACGAAUCCACAGAGACAAGUUCAACUGCUGAAAGUACGACGGAAUCCACUGCAACAACGGCUUCAUCCUCGAGUUCGAGUUCUGCGAGUACAACCGCUGCCACAACCACAACCUCCGCAUCUACGACCGCUUCGACUUCAGCCUCUUCUUCGAGCUCUGCGGCUUCAUCCACGACUGCUACAACCGCAAGCGCCACUUCUUCCUCGACAUCCGGUACAACUACUAGCGCGACAAGUAGUGGAACCGGGACUUCUUCAAGCACACUAGUCUGUUCGACAACCUCUUAUUAUUCCACGAGUGUGUGCUCCUAUGGUACAGGUGCAUCCACUGGUGUUACCCUCGGAUGUGCUACUACCUCAGCUGCAUCUUCAACUUGUGCAGCAGGAGUCCUUUGUACAACUGCAGCAUCUGGAGAAGAUGUCUGUAUGGAAAUUGACAACACACUCACGUCAUCCGGCUUAGCAGUUACAAUUUUUUUCGCAGUUUCAAUUAGUGCUUUCGUUAUUGGACUUAUAGUAAUCACUUGCAAAGAUCGUCAAGCCGCCAACCAACUUAAAGCGGCUCGUUUGGCGCAACUGGAUGCAGAAAGCAAAGAGGCAAUGCAAUCAUAUAACCAAAAGAGAUCCAAGUCGGUUCGACAACCAGAUGCUUUUGGACAUUCUGAGGCUGAUUUACCUUUGAUUACGGAGCCCAGCCACGAGCAAGUUUAUUCGAAUGAAACUCAUUAUAACACUUAA